GGCGGGCCGGGCGGCGGCAGUCCUUGUUGUAGACACUGCAAAAUAACCCACGGUGUUUGGGGACCAUGGCUACAGACCCGCUCUCAGAGCUUCAGGAUGACCUGAACUUGGACGAUACCAACCAGUCCCUCAGCCAGCUCCAGCUGGCCUCCAUAGAUGAUAACAGCUGGCCAGCAGAUAAUGUCCCUGCUUUUCCUAAGUCAGAGGACUCCAAAGGCUCCCCUGAGCCCGUCACUCACCUGCAGUGGGAUGAUCCCUACUAUGAUAUUGCCAGGCACCACAUUGUGGAAGUAGCAGACCAGGGUGCACUUGAUGGGGCCCAACCAGGUGAUGACAAAUACGGAAGGAAAGUCAUUUUGUUCAGUGCCUGCCGGAUGCCCCCAAGUCAUCAACUUGAUCAUGUGAAACUGCUGGGGUACCUGAAGUUCACACUGGACCAGUAUGUGGAGAGUGAUUACACACUGGUGUACCUGCACCAUGGCCUGACCAGUGAGAACAAGCCAUCCCUGAGCUGGCUGCGGGAUGCCUACAGGGAAUUUGAUCGGAAGUACAAGAAGAACAUCAAAGCCUUGUAUAUUGUGCACCCAACGAUGUUCAUCAAGACCCUGCUGAUUCUGUUCAAGCCUCUGAUCAGCUUUAAGUUUGGACGAAAGAUCUUUUACGUGAACUUCCUUAGCGAGCUGGAGGAGUAUGUGAAGUUGGAACAAUUGGGGAUCCCAAGCCAAGUGCUGAAAUACGAUGAAUAUCUGAGAUCCCUGCAGAAACCUUCACAAGUGCCCCUGAAGCCAACCCCUCCGCGCCCACCGCUGCCAAACCAGCAGUUUGGAGUCUCGCUCCAGCUUCUCAGGGAGAAGAGCCCUGAUCAAUCUCCUGUGCCUCUGGUGGUCAGAGACACCAUUGCUCACUUGCGGGACCAUGCUCUUACCACAGAGGGGAUUUUCCGGAGAUCAGCAAAUACACAGGUUGUCAGGGAGGUCCAGCAAAAAUACAACAUGGGUGUGCCUGUGGAUUUCCAGCAGUAUGAAGAUGUCCACCUCCCUGCUGUGAUUCUCAAGACCUUCUUGAGGGAGCUUCCUGAACCCCUGCUCACUUUUGGCCUCUACAGCCACGUUGUCAGCUUCCAGAAUGUGGAGGAGGAGAAUCGUGUAGGUGUUGUUCGCAAAACCCUCCAGACUCUGCCAGAAGAGAACUACCAAGUGCUCCAUUUACUGACAGCCUUCCUGGUGCAGGUCUCUGCUCACAGUGACAGAAACAAGAUGACAAACACCAACCUAGCAGUUGUGUUUGGCCCAAAUCUGCUGUGGGCCAAAGAUGUAGCCAUCACCCUAAAAGCCAUCAACCCCAUCAAUACCUUCACCAAGUUCCUGCUGGACCACCAGAAGGAGCUCUUUGAGGAUGUGGAGGCCUGAAUCCAGGCCAGCCCACACCAGCACACUGUGCUCACCUUCCCACCUUCCUUCCCACCUUGUCUUGGAGCUGUGACCAAGCUGACUCCAGUGCAAAGGGGCUAUUGAUCCUCUGGGUGAUGAGCAGAGUGAGGGCUGUGGAGAUGGUGGAGGAAGUGUGUAAGUAAGUGAGCAGAGACCCACUGCUCAGGAUGGGCAGGGGAGCUGGUCUCCCUGCUGCUCUGAGUGGAGUCCUGGCCCCCCUGCCAGUCUGUGCAGCUCCUCCAGGCCUCAUCACCAGCCUGCUGCCCUAUCAGAUGCCCUGCCUCUUUCCUCCUUCCCUUUCUGCCCUCCUGGUCCCUUCCUCAGCAAAGAUCUUUAUUGUUUCAGCUCCCAAUAGUGCCAGCUCACCCCCUUGCCUCUGCUGGGCUGUCUGCGUGAGGGCAGCUCGCUGGGUUUGUGGCAGAGAUGU